UGAGACUGAAGGCAAGACGUUUAAACUCACAAAGGACAUGGUCAGUGUGAAGCGACAACAGAAAACUCUCCAUGUGGAGGAAGUUGUUCCAAAUGUAAUCGAGCCCUCAUUUGGGAUUGGUAGAAUCAUGUACACCAUCUUUGAGCACACAUUCCAUGUCAGAGAAGGCGACGAACAAAGAACAUAUUUCAGCUUCCCUGCCACUGUUUCACCAUACAAAUGCUCCAUCCUGCCUUUGAGCGUUAACCAAGAGUUCAUCCCUUUUGUAAAAGCACUUUCUGAGGCAAUGACCAAAAAUGGUGUGUCUCACAAAGUUGAUGACUCCUCGGGGUCCAUCGGGAGACGCUAUGCUAGGACAGAUGAGGUCGGAGUGUCUUUUGGCAUCACCAUUGAUUUUGACACAGUGAACAAAACGCCACACACUGCCACGCUGAGAGAUAGGGACUCAAUGAGGCAGAUCAGAGCAGAGAUCACUGAGCUUCCAGACAUCGUCAGGGAUUUGGCCAAUGGUACAAUGACAUGGGCUGAAGCAGAGAGCAAGUACCCCAUCUUUGAAGGACAGGAGACUGGGAUGAAAAAUGCAACUAUACUGUCAUAAGCUAUUGUGGACUGGAGCACCAAAUCUCUUCAGUCCCCACAAUGCCAUGUAUUCAUCGUAUUAACAGUCGUGGACGCUUGCACAGGAACUUUCUCUUAUAAGCAACAUUUCAUUGGUCUUAUGUACAAUUUGUUGUGUUUUUAAAAGAGGAAACUGUAACUUUGCUUUCUUCAUAAGAGGAACAAUGCACCAUUCCAGGUUUCAUUCAGACUGGAUACAAAUAUUUAACUAUUUCAAUAAAACAAACCAGCACUUACUGGUCACUUGCAUUCAAA